UGGAUAGGUUUUCCUAUGGUCAUUCCUAUAAGAGACACGCUCUUUCGUCGGCCCGUAGAUAUCAGAUUGGUAUUCAGUCGCACAGACGAAGCCUCUGCUCGAUAAUAUCUCCCCGUCAUCGACAAUGAACAAGUCCGUGGCUCCAUUGCUGCUUGCAGCGUCCAUACUAUAUGGCGGCGCCGCUGCACAGCAGACUGUCUGGGGCCAGUGUGGAGGUAUUGGUUGGAGCGGACCUACGAAUUGUGCUCCUGGCUCAGCUUGUUCGACCCUCAAUCCUUAUUAUGCGCAAUGUAUUCCGGGAGCCACUACUAUCACCACUUCGACCCGGCCACCAUCCGGUCCAACCACCACCACCAGGGCUACCUCAACAAGCUCAUCAACUCCACCCACGAGCUCUGGGGUCCGAUUUGCCGGCGUUAACAUCGCGGGUUUUGACUUUGGCUGUACCACAGAUGGCACUUGCGUUACCUCGAAGGUUUAUCCUCCGUUGAAGAACUUCACCGGCUCAAACAACUACCCCGAUGGCAUCGGCCAGAUGCAGCACUUCGUCAACGACGACGGGAUGACUAUUUUCCGCUUACCUGUCGGAUGGCAGUACCUCGUCAACAACAAUUUGGGCGGCAAUCUUGAUUCCACGAGCAUUUCCAAGUAUGAUCAGCUUGUUCAGGGGUGCCUGUCUCUGGGCGCAUACUGCAUCGUCGACAUCCACAAUUAUGCUCGAUGGAACGGUGGGAUCAUUGGUCAGGGCGGCCCUACUAAUGCUCAAUUCACGAGCCUUUGGUCGCAGUUGGCAUCAAAGUACGCAUCUCAGUCGAGGGUGUGGUUCGGCAUCAUGAAUGAGCCCCACGACGUGAACAUCAACACCUGGGCUGCCACGGUCCAAGAGGUUGUAACCGCAAUCCGCAACGCUGGUGCUACGUCGCAAUUCAUCUCUUUGCCUGGAAAUGAUUGGCAAUCUGCUGGGGCUUUCAUAUCCGAUGGCAGUGCAGCCGCCCUGUCUCAAGUCACGAACCCGGAUGGGUCAACAACGAAUCUGAUUUUUGACGUGCACAAAUACUUGGACUCAGACAACUCCGGUACUCACGCCGAAUGUACUACAAAUAACAUUGACGGCGCCUUUUCUCCGCUUGCCACUUGGCUCCGACAGAACAAUCGCCAGGCUAUCCUGACAGAAACCGGUGGUGGCAACGUUCAGUCCUGCAUACAAGACAUGUGCCAGCAAAUCCAAUAUCUCAACCAGAACUCAGAUGUCUAUCUUGGCUAUGUUGGUUGGGGUGCCGGAUCAUUUGAUAGCACGUAUGUCCUGACGGAAACACCGACUGGCAGUGGUAACUCAUGGACGGACACAUCCUUGGUCAGCUCGUGUCUCGCAAGAAAGUAGCACUCUGAGCUGAAUGCAGAAGCCUCGCCAACGUUUGUAUCUCGCUAUCAAACAUAGUAGCUACUCUAUGAGGCUGUCUGUUCUCGAUUUCAGCUUUAUAUAGUUUCAUCAAACAGUACAUAUUCCCUCUGUGGCCACGCAACGCAUUUUCUAAAUACCUAGGUAGCUUCUUCACUUUCAACACUCCUCAGCCCCCCUUGCGAAGUUCAAUCAAAACCUUACUUAUGUGAUGCUG